UUGAGGAAAUGAUUGCUUUGUAGCACAUAAGAGCGUGUGCAUUAGGAAGUCCCAAUGAGCAUCCACAUCAAGUUGAGGGUGAACAUCUCAAUCAUUCAACAUUAUUUUAUCCUGUAGCGCCAAACGACUCCUUAAAUCCCAAUUACGCGAGUAUCGCACCCCUCUAUAGUAAAAGAAUUUUUCUUGCAAUCCAGUAACAGAUCACGAGAGAUCGGCCACCUGCCGUUUCAAUCCAGCAAAGCUCGGAAGUUUGAUAAUACCUUGCGAAAACUCUUUUACUUCUUCUUAUUUCCACAUAGGAUGGCUCUAACCUGGAGAAAUCAGUGGAUCUUUACCAAUAAAACCUUAAGGUAGUUACACAAAAGCCAUUGUUUCAUCGACAGCCAUUUGGAGUAAACUACAAAGUUUGAAAGUUGGAACCAUUUGAACCAUUUGGAAGGCGGAUGGAAUGAACUUGGCGCUUCUCGAUGUGUAGUAAAGUUGACAAUUGCUCCUCAAAAUUGGAAAGCAUUGAUGGUGAACUGUCAAAGAUAGAAGAAAAAUUAUCAAACUUUGACGAAUGCAGAAAGAGAACGUUUAGUUUACUAGAAUUACAAUUAGAAUCCCUUCAGUCUGUACUUCAAAAUGAAUUUCGGUUUUACUCAGGAAGAUAUAGGAUUAGAAAAGUUUAAGGAGCUAAGUGAUCUGGUUUCAUCUACACAACGAGGAGAGCUAGAUCCAGCGAGAAAAUGGCUAUCAAAUAAUCGAGAGGAACUUGGAGAUAAGGCAAAGCAGUUAGAAUAUUGUCUAGCCAAACUUGAUUUUUUGUCUACAAUACAAAAAGAACCUGUGGAUCCAGCUGCUGUGAUUCAAAGUGCUCGUCAGCUGGUUCCUUUUGCAUCUGAUUACUCUUCAGCAUCACCAUCUCCAAAUGUGUUUACAAGGAACAAACCUAGUGAUUUUUAAUAUUCAACAACAAAAAUGAGCUUGGAUUGACGAGUUUAACAAAGUGCGGAGAUCAUAGGUGACAUUUUGCUCCCGUUUUAUCUGGUUAGUUGUUAACGUUUAUUGUCUACGGACGUUAUGAGAAAUUGAUCCAUUAUUAUCACCAUUAUCAGCUGUAACAACAAUUCUCGUGUAUAUUUGAAGAAGUCUAUGAAUGGUGUAACUAACCGUAGACAACUGGAUAGAAAUUUUGAACAUCUUAUGGGGAGUCUUGUUUUUAUUGGACGUAGUCUUGAGGAUACUCCGUAUGCUGACUUGGCCUUGCCAACCAGCCCCACAAAAAUGUCUUCUGAAAGCUCCCAAGUAAAUAAAACUUCUGAAGAUGUUUUUAUGAUGGAUGGUGAAUAUUCUCUCUCAGUGUCACCUGUAACAACUAAACACAAAACAGAUGGUAGCAAUGCCUUGACAGAAGCGGCAAAUUUGUUUAAGGCUUCAUGUUGUUAUCAUUUAAAUUUAUCAGAUACUGAUCCACUACUCACUGCAUUUUCCUCCGGAUGUCGUGUACUUACUCGGCUUCAUUCGUUACAACGUGCAAUCGCUUGCCUCAGUAAGUACAGUUCAUUGGAUGGUGACAUGUUACCAGUGAGUUUGCACAUAGUGAUUAUGUAACUUAAUUCUCUAAUGAUUUUAAACCUAACAUUAUGGUAAAACAUCUGAAACCGAUAUGUUAUCAAAAUUUAAAAAUCAACCAAAGUUUCACAAUAGGUUCAAAAAGUUGACCUUUCGAACUGUAGUAGUAGUCGAACGCGUCGACAACACCUAUCUUGGAAGUCUGAUCAGCCCUAAUGGGUUGGUGUCUGACGAAAUCUCAGCACAGAUUCGAAAAGCUCGCUUGGCUUUUGCCAAAUUACGUCACCUAUGGCGAAGGCAAGAUAUCCGUCUAUCAAUAAAAGGACGAGUAUACUGCGCGGCAGUCCGUUCUGUGUUAAUUUACGGCAGCGAAACAUGGGCAUUAAGAGUAGAAGACACUCGUAAGCUACUAGUAUUUGACCACAGAUGCCUCAGAAAUAUUGAUGGCAUCUGCUGGGAUCACCGGAUAAGUAAUAGUGAGGUUAGACGCAGGGUAUUAGGAAAUGAUGGUAAAUCAGUUCAUGAGGUUAUGAAUCUUCAUCGACUGAGAUGGUUGGGCCAC